ACAAUUUUUUCUCUUAAAUCUCUACCAAAAAAUGGCUAAGUGUUGUUGUUGCUGUGAUGAAACUACAGUGAAAAAGGGUGUGUGGACACCUGAAGAAGAUCAAAAGCUUAUUGAUUAUGUUAAUAAAUAUGGCCACUGGAAUUGGAGGAGACUUCCUAAGUAUGCUGGUCUUUUGAGAUGUGGAAAGAGUUGCCGAUUAAGAUGGAUGAAUUAUUUGAGACCUAAUAUUAGGAGAGGAGGGUUUUCCUUAGAGGAAGAAGAAAUUAUCAUCCAAAUCUAUGCACAAAUUGGUGGAAGAUGGUCUACCAUGGCGGGGGUGAUGCCAGGCAGAACAGAUAAUGAUAUAAAGAAUCAUUGGAAUACAGUUCUGAAGAGAAGAGUGAUGAAGCAGCAGAUCAAGAAGAAGAAAAUGUUAACAAAAAUGGCAAACAAACCGUCUUUGCCGCCGCUCGCGGUGGCUGAAACCAAUCCAAUUGAUGAGGUUUUUUCCGGGGAGACUUUGAGGUCAAACAAUGACCAGUUGAUCUCCAAUAAUUCUACUCUCAUUAUUGAUCCAACGGCUCUAGAGAGUGUGCUAAUUGAGACUGUUGAAACGCCAACCGCCGGAAAUAUGAACAUGGAGGCGGUGGAUGAGCGGCUGCCGGCGAGUUCCACCGGCGAUUUUUGGACAGACCCUUUAUGGAUGGACAACUCUUUUGACAUUUCAUUUGAUUAUCAAUACCGAAGCUCUGGAGAAUCUAUUGGUUUUUUUAAUUUAGAGUUGGAUGAAUAUCUUUUGCAAGAAGGCAUAUACUAAAAAUUAAACAAAAUUAUUUGUUUGGGAUGUUUUAGUCUUUUGGUUGUGGGUUUAGCUUUAGAGAUCUAUUAUAAGAAAAUACAGGGGGAAUUUUUCAUGUUGUUCUUCUUGUUUCCUCGAGUCGU